CGAAGCAGCGGAUGCGACAGAGAGAGAGAGAGAGAGAGAGAGAGAGAGAGAAAGGGAGCGUGAAACAGACAAAUUCCUUGCAGAGGGACCCCCAGGGUGGACGCGAUGGUGCAGUGAAGUGGGACAGGGAAAGGGGCUGGCAAGACUAUGGCUUCUGUCCCUCCAUGAGAAUACCUGGAAUUCAUUUGGCCCUACCUGCAGGUCAAAGGAGACAGGCCAGAAGAAUGAGGGAUCUCCCUUGUGAGGCGGACAGAGGCCUGGGCCGAAAAAGCAAGAGUGCCUUCUGAAGAUACCUUUCCCCUGCAACCAUCGGGCGAGAUGACAGAGUGCAACGGAAGACCGGCUGGCAGUCCUGAGGCGCCAGCCCGUUCGGCAGCUGAGGCUUUUGUGGAGGCGACGGGUCAGGCCCUGGCAUGGACGCUCACCAAUGGGGGUACAGAUACUCUGGGCUCAACAGGCAGUGGUGGACAGAAGAAGCGUCUGCAGCACAACAAACAUAAGACCCAGGGCACCAACGUGGUACAUCGAUCUCCACGAGCCCUCUUCUGCCUCAGGUUAAACAACCCCAUUCGCCGGGCUGCUAUCAGUAUCGUUGAAUGGAAACCCUUCGACAUUUUGAUUCUCAUGACCAUCUUUGCUAACUGCGUGGCCUUAGGGGUCUAUAUCCCUUUCCCAGAGGAUGACUCCAAUGUCGCCAACCACAACUUGGAGCAAGUGGAGUACAUCUUUCUCAUCAUUUUCACGGUGGAGACGUUCCUCAAGAUCCUUGCCUACGGUCUGGUCAUGCAUCCCAGUGCCUAUAUCCGCAACGGCUGGAACCUUCUUGACUUUGUCAUCGUUGUGGUGGGGCUGUUCAGUGUGAUCUUAGAACAAUUUUCACACAAGGCCGGUGAAGCCCAUCACAUGGGUGGGAAGCCUGGAGGUUUUGAUGUCAAGGCUUUGAGAGCAUUCCGCGUCAGGCCUCACGACCUCUGCGCCCUGGAACCCAUUCUAACAUUGAGUGGGGCAGAGAGCCUGCACAUCGUCUUGAACUCCAUCAUGAAGGCCAUGGUGCCCCUCUUGCAUAUUGCCCUGCUGGUCCUCUUUGUCAUCAUCAUCUACGCCAUCAUCGGCCUGGAGCUGUUCAUCGGGCGCAUGCACAAGACCUGCUUCAUCGUUGGCUCUGACCUGGAAGCUGAGGAGGACCCCUCCCCUUGUGCCUUCUCCGGGCACGGUCGGGAAUGCACAGUGAACAACAGCGAGUGCCGCGGCAAGUGGGAAGGACCCAAUGGGGGCAUCACCAACUUUGACAACUUCUUCUUUGCCAUGCUGACUGUCUUCCAGUGCAUCACCAUGGAAGGUUGGACGGAUGUACUCUACUGGAUGCAGGAUGCAAUGGGUCACGAGCUGCCAUGGAUUUACUUUGUUAGCCUCGUCAUCUUUGGCUCCUUCUUCGUCCUCAACCUUGUUUUGGGUGUACUGAGUGGAGAAUUCUCCAAGGAGCGAGAGAAGGCCAAAGCCCGGGGCGACUUCCAAAAGCUACGGGAGAAGCAGCAAAUGGAGGAGGACAUGAAGGGUUACCUGGAUUGGAUCACACAGGCUGAAGACAUUGAGCUCGACGAGGAAGGGGACGAGGUGGAUGACAAACACACCCAUCUGGCGGGGAAGAAGAAAGCCAAGAAAUGGUUCAAACACAGCCAGCCCUCCAUCGACACUCAGUCCAGUCUUGCAGCCAGCGAAACCACGUCCGUGAACACAGAGAACGUUGGGGAAGAAGAGCAUCAUCCGAACGCUUGCUAUGAAAUGUGCUUAGGCAAGCUCGCAAAGACCACAUUUGGCCGCCGAGUGCGACGCAUCAACCGUUUUUUCCGGAAAAAGUGCCGCCUGGCUGUCAAAUCGGUCUCUUUCUAUUGGAUGGUCCUGAUCCUGGUCUUUCUCAACACCCUCACUAUCGCCUCGGAGCAUUACAACCAGCCCGAUUGGCUCACAGCGAUCCAAGCUUAUGCCAACAAGGUGCUUCUGUCGCUGUUCACCCUGGAGAUGCUUGUGAAGAUGUACAGCCUGGGCUUGCAAGCCUACUUCAUCAGUUUCUUCAACCGCUUCGACUGCUUUGUGGUGUGUGGUGGGAUUCUGGAGACCGUCUUGGUUGAGUUUGAAAUCAUGCAGCCCCUGGGGAUCUCCGUUCUUCGCUGCGUCCGCCUCCUGCGGAUCUUCAAGGUUACCAGGCACUGGGCCUCGCUAAGCAACCUGGUGGCCUCCUUGCUGAACUCCAUGAAGUCCAUCGCCUCUUUGCUUCUCUUGCUCUUCCUCUUCAUCAUCAUCUUCUCCUUGCUCGGCAUGCAGCUUUUUGGGGGCAAGUUCAACUUCGACGAGACCCAGACGAAGCGCAGCACUUUUGACACUUUCCCCCAAGCGCUGCUCACCGUCUUCCAGAUCCUGACUGGCGAGGACUGGAAUGCAGUGAUGUAUGAUGGCAUCAUGGCCUACGGCGGCCCCUAUUUCCCAGGCAUGUUGGUCUGUGUUUAUUUCAUCAUCCUCUUCAUCUGUGGAAACUAUAUCCUCCUCAACGUCUUCUUGGCCAUUGCUGUGGACAAUCUUGCCGAUGCGGACAGCAUCAAUGCCUCAAAAAAGAAAGGGGCCCCAACAGAAGGGGAGGAGAGCAAUGAGAAAGACGAGACGAGUGUGAAGGUGGACUGUGGCGACGAAGAGAAGGAAGGAGGCAAUCCGGAAGGAGGUGAGGAGGAGGAAGAGCAGGAGGAGGAGGAGGAGGAGGAGGAAGAAGAGCAGGAGGAACAGGAAGGAGACCAAGAGAGCUUAGCAGAAUCUCACCAUGACAAAGUAGAGGAUACUCCCAAGGAGAAAGUGCUGCCGAUUCCUGAUGGAAGCUCUUUCUUCUGCCUCAGCAAGACGAACCUGCUUCGGGUUCAGUGCCACAAGCUGAUCCACCAUCACAUCUUCACCAACCUCAUCCUCGUCUUCAUCAUCCUCAGCAGCAUCUCUCUGGCAGCUGAGGACCCUAUCCGGGCGCACUCUUUCCGCAAUAACAUUCUGGGCUACUUUGACUACGCCUUCACUUCUAUCUUCACUGUUGAGAUUCUGCUCAAGAUGACGGCUUACGGCGCCUUCCUGCACAAAGGCUCUUUCUGCCGGAACUGGUUCAAUCUUCUGGAUCUGCUUGUAGUCAGCGUAUCACUCAUCUCCUUCGGCAUCCACUCCAGCGCCAUCUCUGUGGUGAAGAUUUUGCGAGUGCUGCGGGUGCUUCGUCCGCUCCGAGCCAUCAACCGGGCCAAGGGGCUCAAGCAUGUGGUCCAGUGUGUGUUUGUAGCCAUCCGCACCAUCGGGAACAUUAUGAUAGUCACCACUCUCUUGCAGUUCAUGUUUGCAUGCAUUGGAGUUCAGCUGUUCAAGGGCAAAUUCUAUAGCUGCACAGAUGAGGCCAAGCACACGCCGGCAGAGUGCAAGGGCACAUUCAUUGUGUACAAGGAUGGGGACGUAACUCACCCGAUGGUGCGCGAACGCCUCUGGCUGAACAGUGACUUCAACUUCGACAAUGUCCCCUCGGGCAUGAUGGCCCUCUUCACCGUCUCCACUUUUGAGGGCUGGCCAGCGCUACUGUACAGGGCCAUUGAUGCCAAUGAUGAAAACAAAGGCCCCAUCUACAACUACCGAGUGGAGAUCUCCAUCUUCUUCAUUGUCUAUAUCAUCAUCAUCGCGUUCUUCAUGAUGAACAUCUUCGUGGGCUUUGUCAUCAUCACGUUCCGAGCCCAGGGGGAACAAGAAUACAAGAAUUGCGAGCUUGAUAAGAACCAGAGGCAGUGCGUGGAGUAUUCCCUGAAGGCCCAGCCAUUGCGCCGCUAUAUCCCCAAGAACAAAUACCAGUACAAGGUCUGGUACAUGGUCAACUCCACGGGCUUUGAGUAUAUCAUGUUCGUGCUCAUCCUGCUCAACACCAUAGCACUGGCUGUACAGCACCACGAACAGUCGACACCCUUCAACUACGUGAUGGACCUGCUCAACAUGGUCUUCACGGGCCUCUUCACCAUCGAAAUGGUGCUGAAAAUCAUUGCCUUCAAGCCCAAGCACUACUUUGUCGACGCAUGGAACACUUUUGAUGCCCUGAUCGUGGUGGGGAGUGUUGUGGACAUCGCUGUCACAGAAGUGAAUAACGGAGGACAUGUUGGAGAGAGCUCCGAGGAUAGUUCCCGCAUCUCCAUCACCUUCUUCCGCCUCUUCCGUGUCAUGCGUCUGGUCAAGCUGCUCAGCAAAGGGGAGGGCAUCCGCACCCUUCUCUGGACCUUCAUCAAAUCCUUCCAGGCACUUCCGUAUGUCGCUCUUCUCAUUGCCAUGAUCUUCUUUAUCUACGCCGUCAUUGGCAUGCAGACCUUUGGGAAAGUGGCGUUGCAGGAUUACACGCCGAUCAACCGCAACAAUAACUUCCAGACCUUUCCGCAGGCCGUGCUGCUGCUCUUCAGGUGUGCCACAGGGGAAGCUUGGCAGGAAAUCAUGCUGGCCUGCAUGCCCGGCAAACGCUGCGAUCCAGAGUCCGAUUACGAGCCUGGGGAAGAGUUCACCUGUGGCAGCUACUUCGCCAUUGUUUAUUUCAUCAGCUUCUUCAUGCUUUGUGCCUUCCUAAUCAUUAACCUCUUUGUUGCUGUCAUCAUGGACAAUUUUGACUAUCUAACUCGAGACUGGUCCAUUCUGGGUCCCCACCAUCUCGAUGAGUUCAAGCGGAUCUGGUCAGAAUAUGACCCAGCUGCAAAGGGUCGCAUCAAGCACCUAGAUGUGGUGGCCCUGCUACGACGGAUACAGCCACCCUUGGGUUUUGGGAAACUCUGCCCCCACCGUGUAGCCUGCAAGAGGUUGGUGGCGAUGAACAUGCCCCUCAACUCAGACGGGACUGUCACCUUCAACGCUACCCUCUUUGCUCUGGUGCGGACAUCCCUCAAGAUCAAGACGGACGGUGAGCUGGAGGUGGCCAAUAAGGAGCUCCGCACUGUCAUCAAAAAAAUCUGGAAGCGGACUAAGCCCAAACUACUGAAUGAGGUGAUCCCCCCGCCGGAAGAGGAGGAAGUCACUGUCGGGAAGUUCUACGCCACAUUCUUGAUCCAGGAUUAUUUCCGGAAGUUCCGGAAGCGGAAGGAGAGGGGGCUGCUGGGGCCAGACGGGUCCCCGAGCAACUCUUCUGCUCUGCAGGCAGGACUGAAAAGUUUGCAAGACCUGGGACCCGAAAUCCGCCGGGCGAUGUCCUGCGACCUGGAAGAAGAGGAGGAGGAGGAGGAAGCAGAUGAGACAGUGUGCGAAGAAGAGACAGUGACCUACAAGAGUUCUGAAGCAUUAUAUAGCAGCGCUCCCGAAUGUGACCACCACCAGGCCGCAGCUGCCACAACGUCGCCUGAUCAGGAAAACAAGACCAUGGCCAACGGCCUGGCGGGCUCCCGCAACCCCUCAAGCGCCAGCCUUCCCCACAUGACCAACGGGCCAACCCACUACGAGGAAAACGUCGGCGGCGGUGAUGGGCCCACCGAGCCGCCAAACCCCCAGACCCGUCGCAGGAUGAGCAGACGUAGCUCAGACGGCGGCAGCAACCCACCAACAGUGCAAAAAGAAGCCACGCAUGCGGAAGAUUAUGCGGAGGACACCUCAGCUGAGCAAGGAUACUACAGUCGAGAGGAGGACUCAGAGAGCUUGGCCUCCCACGACAGGCUGCCCAGCUUGACCAACCCUCGGCCCCGCCGGCGUCACUGGGAAAAUGGCUACGGUGGAUCGUUGCCCCUCCCCAGCCGUCACGGCAACAGCGUGCUCACCAACGGACUACCGGAGAGCAGGCAAACCAAGCGCAGGCGCCUCUUGCCCGCCACACCUACAGGCCGCAAACCGACCUUCAACAUUCAGUGUCUGCAGCGCCAAGGCAGCUGUGAUGAUAUCCCCAUUCCAGGCACCUAUCACCAGAACGCGCCCCCCUGCAGAGCGCGCAUGCAGGGCUAUGGCAACUACGAUUCAUGGCACAGUGGCAGCCACUCCUCAGCGGCGUCCUCGAAGUCGUGGGCGACGCCGCCCAAACGGAGCCGGCUGCUUUAUGCCCCGCUGAUCCUGGUGGAGGAGGACAGCCCCACCGGCCGCGACUGGGAGCAGAACAGCAGCAGCCUCCCGCCCAUGUCGCGGUCCCGCUGGUACACGGAGGACGAGGAGCUGCCCUGCCGCACCUACGGCCACCUCCACGUGCCCAGCCCGCUCCAGCACAGCUACCGAGACAAGCGGGGGAGCGCAGACAGCCUGGUGGAGGCGGUGCUCAUCUCUGAAGGCUUGGGCCUUUAUGCCCGGGACCCAAAGUUUGUGGCCUUUGCCAAGCGGGAGAUUGCUGACGCUUGCCACAUGACCAUCGACGAGAUGGAGAGCGCCGCCACGGACCUUCUGAGCCGCAAACGCCCCGGUGGCGAAAGCGGCACCCGCGGGAGCAGCCACACGGCGUACAGCAGCGACGGGGAGCACAGCGGGGUUGGCAGCUUCGGCCCCAUUUACAGCGACGAGGAGCCCUACCGUUCCCGCGAGGAAGAGGACUUGGCCGACGAGAUGGCCUGCGUCACCUCUUAUUGACCGCGACAGGCCCCUCUGGCGGGGCACAAAUAGACCACCAUUGCAGAGACACCUAGAGCUUUAGGGCCUUUGGGCCGUGAGGAGAAACUCACUCAAAGAUGGGCCACGGUGGCAGUGACUAAAACAAUCAAACCAAGGAGAUCGGAGGAUCACAAGUCUGUAGCUCAGUGGCAAAGUAGCGGCUUGCCAUGCAGAAGACCGCAGGUUCGACUCCUGGCAUUUCCAGCUAAGAGGACCAGGUGUGGGUGACAUGAAAGACCUCUGCCUGAGAUCCUGCAGAGCGGCUGCCCAUCUGAGUACUGAGCUGGAGAAGCCAAGGCUUUGACUUAAUGCAGCUUCGUUGAGGGGGGUCCUUGGCUCGGUGGCAGAGCCUCGGCUUGGCAUGCGGAAGUUCCCUGGUUCAAUCCCCGGCAUCUCCAGUUAAAAAGAUCAGGCAGGAGGUGAUGCGAAAGACCUCUAGGUGUGACCCUGGAGAGUGGCUGCCGGUCCGAGUAGACAAUACCGACUGUCGGUCUGGUUCAGCAUCAGGCAGCUUCAUGCGUGUGGACCAAAUGCCGCUGUCCUGUUGACUGAUGCAAAAAGCGCUGUUAGAAACACUCAGGUUUAGGCAGACUAUUCUUUGCUGCUGUAUCUCUAGACGCUGAAUCUUCCUCGGCAACCAUUAACGGAUAAGCAGUCCAGGACUGCGGGCUUGGAAGGCUGGUGUUGCCAAGGAGAUGAGAGAAUGUCUUUUCUAUCAGAAACAAUAAAGACUGUCUGGAAGA